CAGAAAUGGCUUUAAGCUGGUUUGGUCCAGGGAGCGAGCUCUCCUGCCCGGUCUGCCAGGACACCUUUAAAGACCCCGUUCUUCUGCCUUGUAGCCACAGCUUCUGUAACGCCUGUGUGCUAAAAUGGUGGGGAACGAAGCAAACACUUGAAUGUCCCCUUUGCAAGACGGUGUCUUCGACUAAUUCACCGCCCCGUAACCUGGUGCUGAAGAAUCUGUGCGACGCUUUCCUGCUGGAGAUGGAAUCUGGGGUCGUCUGUCGCCUGCACACCGAGAAACUGAAGCUCUACUGCGAGGACCACCGCACACCUGUCUGUGUUGUCUGCAGGGAUUCGAACAACCACAGAAACCACAAAUUCAUACCGGUAGACGAGGCUGCGCAGUGUUACCGAAACGACCUCCUGAAGAAGAUGAGGCCGCUACGGGCGAAAGUGAAACUCUUCAGUGAAGUUAAAGUGGCCUGGGAGAAAAUAGAUCAAGACAUUAUAAACCAAGCUCAGCACACGGAGGACAAUAUAAGAGAGGAGUUCAAUGUGCUUCGGAGAUUUUUGUUACAGGAGGAAACGGUCAGGGUUGCAGCACUGAAGGAAGAAGCGGCGCAUAAAGGCAACAUGAUCAGGAAUAAGAUCGCAGGUUUGAGCGAACAGAUUAACGCCAUGGAAAGUACCUUAAAAGCCAUUGAAGGAGGGCUGUCCGAUGAAGACACGUCAUUCCUGCUAAAAGUCGAUGCAAUAACGAAAGAAGCUGAGCGCCCCCUGCCGGAUGGCCCAGAGCAGGUCACAGGAGCUCCGAUCGACGUUGCCAAAUACCUGGGAAAUAUGAGCUUCAACGUCUGGAUCAAAAUGAAGGCGAUAGUGUCAUACGCACCUGUAAUCCUGAACCCCAACACUGCCCAUCACGAACUGCACCUGUCUGAAGGUUUGACCACUGUCAGAUGUGGACCAAAACAGCCUCUUGCUGCAACCCCAGAGAGGAUGGAGCAGCACCGCAGUGUCCUGGGCAGUGAGGGCUUCGACUCAGGGAGUCACAGCUGGGAUGUGUGGGUUGGAGACAAUCAAGUAUGGGCACUGGGUGUGAUAGCACAGGAAGCCCAGAGGAAGGGAGACAUACCAUCUGGGCUAUGGAUGGUGAGGUUUUGUAAUGGUAAAUUCACAGCAUUCUCCCCAUCACGUUCAGUGUCUGUCCUACCUCCGAUGAACAGGCUCUACAAGGUCAGAGUGCUCCUGGACUGGGACAGAGGAAAGCUGUCCUUCUCUGAUCCAGAUACUAACGCCGUCAUACAUACUUUCACGCAUGCAUUCACCGACAGGCUGUUUCCAUACAUCAACACCUGGAAUGACCUCCCACUGAAGAUAUUACCACUGCAACUUACCGCAACAGUAACACAGCUGUUGGACAACUGCAAGAAGAUCACACUGAUUCAGUGAUGUACAUACUUGCCUUCCAUCUGUUUUAGCAAAAAAGAGCAUAUUACUUUUUUGUGAUUUUUCUUUUAUUUGAUCAAGCAAAGGAGGAAAGUAAAUAAUUGAUGGCUGUGAAUGCUAAAUAUGUAACCUGGACACAACAGAAUGUAAACAAAAAAUAUAUAUAUAUACAAAAGACUAUUGACUAUGCACUGUCAAGGUGUGGUUAUACCAUACUUAAUGUAUUUAUGAGCUAAAAUGCUACAGCUACACUGGCGACAUUUCCCUAAUUACCAAGUGGUAGCAGGGAGUUACUUUGAACUUGAACAUAAUUUCCCACUUUGUCAUAUUUUUCUCUGUCUUGCACUUUAAGAUACCAUCACGGUGGUUAUUCAGUGAUGGACGCAAACUGUAGUGUUGAUCAGUGCUGUACAGAUAAAGUUUUGAUUGAUUAAUUUCAGUGUUCUCUUCAGUGCCUUUAUAUUUUAUUAUAACUAAUUCCACAUUUGUGUGCAUACAUUUAAAUGGAGCCAUUUCUGUAAUUGUAAAGUUUAUUACAUAAAGAAAACAAUAAAGCACU